AUGAUGUGUUUUUUCACGUAUCCUGAAGCAGCAGCUAAAUACAGAGUCCAGGAUGGUCCCACCAGCAGGCAGUUGCCCACAGUACUACUUCUAAGUGAGGGUCAGGAGAAAAUGAGGAGGCCACAACCUGAUCACAGUGGCAAGCUUCAGAAGUUCCUAUUCUCUAAAGACAACCUGAAGGCAGCUUUCGACUUGGACGGUCUUUAUCAAGAUUGCAAAGACAAGCUUGCGUCGGCGAAAGCUAACAAGAAGACCGAGAAGACCAAAGAGAAAUUCGAUAGUUACUAA